AUGUCCAGGAAGAAGGCCAAAAGUGGGGAAAAGAGGAGAUCCAGGGGAAUCAAGAAGAGGAAGAAUGGAGAAAUGGAAGGGAGGGGCAAAGAAAGAGAGCAGUUCCAUGUCAACAAGCUGCUGGUCAGUAUGCUUGUCUGGCUGACGGUGGGAGCUGGUGUGAUUGAUCCAGAUACAGACACCCAGUUCAAGAGGAUGUUUCUAUUUCUCUUCUUGUUAGGAGGAGAGUAUUGUCUUCUCAUAGUCAUGGCUUAUGAGCACUACAUUGCCAUCUGCACACCCCUACACUAUAGCACACUCAUGGACAGCAGAGCCUGUGCCAAAAUGGCAGCAGCUGCCUGGGCCAGUGGUUUUCUCCAUGCUCUCCUGCACACUGCCAACACAUUCUCCAUAUCCCUCUGCCAAGGCAACACAGUGGACCAGUUCUUCUGUGAGAUUCCCCAGAUCCUCAAGCUCUCCUGCUCAGAUGCCUACUUCAGGGAAAUUUGGCUUCUUAUGGUUAGUGGUUUUUUAUUCUUUGGGUGUUUUGUUUGCAUUGUGCUGACCUACGUGCAGAUCUUCACUGCUGUGCUGAGGAUCCCCUCUGAGCAGGGCCGGCACAAAGCCUGUUCCAUGUGCCUCCCUCAUCUGACCGUGGUCUCCCUGUUUGUCAGCACUGGCAUUUUUGCCUACCUGAAGCCCCCCUCCCUCUCAUCCCCAGCUCUGGAUCUGGUGGUGGCUGUUCUGUACUCGGUGCUGCCUCCAACACUGAAUCCCCUCAUUUACAGCAUGAGGAACAAGGAGCUCAAAGAUGUCCUGAGGAAACUGAUUCAGCGCAUCCUAGGUCAGCAGCAAUAA